AAAGAAAAUGGCGAACAGGACUGUGAAAGACGCUCAUUCCGUAAAAGGGACAAAUCCACAGUAUUUGGUCGAAAAAAUAAUAAGAACUCGCAUUUACGAGUGUAGAUACUGGAAGGAAGAAUGUUUUGCUUUAACAGCGGAAUUGCUUGUUGACAAGGCAAUGGAAUUGAAGUACAUAGGAGGGGUAUAUGGAGGAAAUGUCAAACCAUCGCCGUUCCUCUGUUUAGUCCUGAAAAUGCUGCAAAUUCAACCAGAAAAAGACAUAGUUGUGGAAUUUAUUAGGAAUGAAAAUUUCAAGUAUGUCAGAGCACUUGGAGCAUUCUACAUGAGACUGACAGGAACAACAUUAGAUUGUUUCAAAUACCUUGAACCUCUCUACUAUGAUUACAGAAAGCUAAAGAUGCAAAACAGAGAUGGAGGAUUUUAUUUGAUCCACAUGGAUGAGUUUAUUGACAAUUUAUUGAGAGAUGAACGUGUUUGUGACAUCAUUCUUCCCAGAAUCCAGAAGCGCCACAUUUUGGAGGAGAACAAUGAGCUGGAGAGCCGGGUCAGUGCCCUUGAUGAGGAUCUAGAGGACAUGGACACGGACGAAGAAGAGGCCAUGGAAAGAAGUCCCUCUCCUGUUGACAGAAGACAUGGAGAUCGAGGGUCACCACCUAGGCACCGCCGCUCACCCUCACCCAGAAACAGGGAUAGGGACAGGAGGAAAAGGUCAAGGUCAAGAGAUCGAGAAAAGAGGAAGAGGUCACCCACAGAUAAAAGACACAGAGAUGAAGAUCGCAAGAAAAGCAAGAAGCAUCGUCACGAGCACAAGAGCCGAGACAAAGAUCGGGACCGAGAGAAACGUCACCAUCGCAGUAGUCGUCAUCACAAGGAUGACAAGGACAGGGAUAGAGAGAAAGAUAAGGGUGGGUCCAGGUCUGAAUCAAAGGCGGAACUUAGUGUAGCAGAGACCAAUGAACUCAGAGCAUCCCUGGGACUACCACCCCUGAAAUAACAUGGAGUUUGUUGCUUUAUUGUCAUCUUAUGUGAAUUCCGAGUACCAUGUUUUGUGGAACAAAACUUUAAAAGAAAGCAAAUCAACUUUUCAAUGACAUGGAACAAUUUAAUUUUUAACUACAUGUAUGAAAUAUUAAACUUCAAAGUUUUUUUUUUAAUUGAAAUAAAACAAAC